UCUUGGUUAUGAAUAUUUGUUUCUCCCAUCCAUUCUGCAGAGGUUGGUCAGUGAAAGAGUCUUCACCGUCAAGAUCACAAGCGCAGCAAUUCGCAGUCAACCAUGGAUGAAUCUGAAUUUCAACGCCUUCUUCAACUCUUCCCUGUUGUUCGUUCUCGCGAUUACUGUGCAGAAACCAGUUCUUCGAGUCAAUUACCAUCUGGAUCUGCACAGGAUGAGGAGCUAAAAGAAUGGCAAGAUGCAUGGGAUGAAAGGGAUAGGGAUUUUGAGAAUCGAGGAAUUACUAAACAUGAUUCAUUUUGGAGCAAGCUAAAGUCAGAGGCCGCUAGGAAGGUCGGUACAGAGGAAGCAGAGAGAUUUUGCAAGGCUUUCCAACAAAUUCAUAAGAAACUAGUCCAUGAAGAGUUGGGUUUAGAUGCUGCUCGAAGAUUCUUAAAGUCAUCCUAGAGUUCGAAAGAAUUACAUGGACACAUUGGACAUUUUCUUGUGAUUCAACAACCAGCUAUUGUAAUUCUUUUAUACUGUAUCAUUUGACAAUUGACCCAUGUGACAUUUUGCUUAGAUCUGACAAUUUACAAGAUUUGCAUCC